CGAGAUCACCCGGCCACCACUUCGCACAGUCCACGGGGGCGCGGGGAGCACGAGGCAGACGAUCGACGACCCAUCGCCGGAGCCGUAGAGGACGCCCCCGUCACCUGUUCCCUCGCCGUCAUGUGACGUCUAAUCUCAUUCCGGCCGAAGAGAAAAGAGCGCGAGGGCGGAAAAGUCAGCCACCAUCUUGUCUCCUCGGCAGGCUAUGCCGCGCGGCGACCUAGUCGCGGCUUUUUCUUUUUGGGGGUUCCUCUCGCUAUUUAUUAAAGCCCCGCCCAAAGCUGGGUUCUGUUUGAAUCUUGACGAUCGCCAACUUGGCUUUGCCCCUUCAGUUCACCGGCCGUUGGGUGUUUCUUACCACUGGAAGCCCCCGAAACCUUUUCUAGGAUGUGGAAAAAGACCUCUUGGACCUAAGAUAGUGACUGAGUCUCAGAUUAUAGAUGGACAUGAUGCGCCACCUGGGGCAUGGCCAUGGCAAGUUAGUCUUCAGCUCUAUGAAUUUCCUGCAGGAUACAGCCAUGUAUGUGGUGGAUCUUUAAUCAAUAACAACUCCAUAUUGACAGCAGCUCACUGCAUUAAAUCAUGCAUGGAGCCAGCCUUUUGGAGGGUUGUGAUUGGCUUGCACCAUCUUCAUAAAUACAGCUAUCAUACUGUAAAGUGCCGAGUCAAAGCUAUUUGGGUUCAUUCUAAUUAUAGCUCGGACAGCAAUGAAAAUGAUGUUGCCUUGUUUAAGCUAGUGAAAUCUAUCAAAUACAGUGAUUAUAUUCAGCCCAUCUGCUUACCUGAAUCUCCUCUGUGGAAUAAAUCGCAAUACUCAUGUUACGUAAGUGGAUGGGGAGACACAAAAGAGAAAGGUAAAAGAAAACUUAUAUUACAAGAAGCUCAAGUAGAUAUUAUUCCAUUGAUUACAUGUAAUCAAUAUGAUUGGUAUGGUGGAAUAUUAACAUGGAAUAUGCUUUGUGCUGGCUCUAAAAGUGGAAGAGUUGAUAGCUGCCAGGGAGACAGCGGUGGGCCUUUGAUGUGCUAUUCCCAAAAUGACACCAGGUUUUAUCUGAUUGGAAUCACCAGCUUUGGAUAUGGUUGUGGUCGGCCAAAAUAUCCAGGUACUAGAGAAAGUAUACUGAAUACCAGAGAAAUAAUUAUUGCAAGGAUCCAGGGGAUGCUUUCUGCCUUAUCUUCCAGGGACCCAGCCAUUUGGAGGGUUGUAAUUGGCUUGCAUCAUCUUAAUGAAGAUAACUCUCAUACAAUAAAGCGACGGAUUAAAGCUAUCAAAAUCCAUCCUGAUUAUAUUUCAGAAACAUAUGAAAAUGAUAUUGCCGUGUUAAUACUAAUCAGAUCUAUCAAAUUCAGUGACUAUGCUCGGCCAAUCUGCUUACCUGCCAGUACUCUUUUGACAAAUGGACAGUAUCCAUGUUACAUAACUGGAUGGGGUAAAACAAAAGAAAAAGGUGAAGGCAAAUUGAUAUUACAAGAAGCUCAAGUAGAUAUUAUUCCACAGAAAGUAUGUAAUCAACCCGACUGGUAUGCUGGAACAGUUACAUUGAAUAUGGUUUGUGCUGGCUUUCCGAGUGGAGGUGUUGACAGCUGCCAGGGAGACAGCGGUGGUCCUCUGAUGUGCUACCUUCCAACCACUACAAAGUUUUAUCUGAUAGGAGUCACGAGCUUUGGCUUUGGUUGUGGUCGCCCAAGAUAUCCAGGAGUUUAUGUUAGGACAAUUAAUUAUUUAAGUUGGAUAGAUAACCAUUUACGGAGUAAAAUUGUAACACUGGAACUUCAUUACCUUUUGAUCUUAUUAACUGUGUGGUGGAUAGUCUUCCAUAUUCUGUAAAAUGUAAGUUUCUUUUCAUUGUAUGCAGUGAAUUUGUAUUGCUCUUUAAACUUAUUUGGUUCUUCUUGGGAACAGUAUCAUUAUCAAAAUUUGCUUUUUUAAAAUAUCCAUGUAAUUUAAAUCUGAUUUCCAUCAUAUUUACAUUCAGAUAUAUUUUAUGCCAGUAAUUUAAACAAAAUUCAAUACUAUAUACAUAUUUUAUGGUCUAUAAAUGUCAUGAUAAUCAUAUAUUUCAAAGUGCACUAAAAUAUGAAAAUGAAAUCAGUUCCUAAAUAAAUGCAUGUAUGUAUUUAUGUAUGUCAUGAACAUUAUAGCAAUGAUUUUCUUUCCAAUACAUUAGUGAAUUUCAAACAAGUCUACCCUAAAUUUAUAUUUCUACAUUUUAAGGAUUAAGAAA